GCCGGCGGGGCCAGGGCGGGCGGAUGGGACGCGGCCGCAGCCCGGCCUCAGCCUGGCCGGCGCCGGCUCUAGGCCAGGCCCACCGCUGGCCGUGCUGCCGCGACGGGGGGAAAGCUUAGCUUGGAGUCUUAUCGUGGGGCUGUGCCGCUCGGGGGAGCGGGACAGAGGCCUCCGGGCUGGGGCCUGAGGGCUGGAACGGGGCCAGGUCACAAUGGCAGGUGAAGACUGUGUUAGAAAACGCCCAUCUGGCUCCACUACAACCUGUAAGACUCCUGAGAAUGAAGAAAAGCAGAGGAGACAUGAGAAUGAGAGAUCGUUUCAAAACUCAAGCAAUGGCCGGGUUGAUGUUGACCAUGUGAUAACAAGGAAAAUGCAGCUAAUAGCAGAAGCUGAGCAAUUGAAGCCAGUUUUCAUGAAGGAGGUGGACAGUCACUUCACAGAGUUUGUGAACAGUUUGGUGGCAAAAUCAGCACUCUUGGAUUCCUCAGCUUCAGCCUCUGUCUUCCCAGCUUCCUGCUCAGAGAAGGAACUGCACAAAGCCAAGACCUUGAGGGCCCCUCCAGAACAUGGAAAGAUCUUUACUGCCAGAAGGUCCUUACUGGAUGAGCUGUUUGAAGUGAGUCACAUCAGGACAAUCUACCACAUGUUCAUCGCUCUUCUCAUUGUCUUCAUCCUCAGCACACUUUUAGUAGACUUCAUUGAUGAAGGAAGGCUGGUCCUAGGAUUUGAUCUCUUGGUCUAUGUUUUUGGGAAGUUCCCAGUUGUCUUCUGUACUUGGCUGUGCAUGUUCUGUGCCACCGUUACCGUUCCCUACAACCUUUUCGUCUGGUGGGCCCAAGGCUACGGCAGUUCCUCCCAUCGUGUAAUCCACUCGUUCUUCUAUGGGAUGUUGUUCACGCUCUUCCAAACAGCUGGGCUUGGAUUUGGACCAACCUAUGUUGCAAUUUCAUAUGCCCUGCCCCCAGCUUCCCGUUUCAUUGUAAUAUUGGAACAGGUUCGUCUGGUUAUGAAGGCUCAUUCCUUCAUCCGGGAGAAUGUCCCCAGAGUCCUGUCCUCUGUGAAGGACAAAUCCAGCACAGUACCUAUUCCCAGAAUUUCUCAAUACCUGUACUUCCUCUUUGCUCCCACCCUUAUUUACAGAGACAGCUAUCCCAGGAAUCCCACAAUAAGAUGGGGCUAUGUAGCUACCAAGUUUGCACAGGUGCUUGGAUCACUUUUCUAUGCCUACUACAUCUUUGUGAGACUCUGCAUUCCUCAGUUCCGCAACAGCAGUCAAGAGACCUUCAAUCUUCGAGGGCUGGUUCUCUGCAUCUUCAAUUCCAUUCUGCCAGGUGUGCUGAUUCUCUUCCUGGUUUUCUUUGCCUUCCUUCACUGCUGGCUCAAUGCAUUUGCGGAGAUGAUGCGCUUUGCAGACAGAAUGUUCUACAAGGACUGGUGGAACUCCACUUCCUAUGCAAACUACUACCGAACUUGGAAUGUGGUAGUACAUGACUGGCUCUAUUACUAUGCCUACAGGGACUUCCUUUGGUUCUUUGGUAAGAAGUUCAAGGCAGCAGCUAUGCUGUCUGUCUUCACAGUGUCAGCUGCUGUGCAUGAAUAUGUUCUGAGCAUCUGCUUCGGCUUCUUCUAUCCAGUUCUCUUUUGCUUGUUCAUGUGCUUUGGAAUGCUCUUCAACUUCAUCCUCAAUGACCGUCGGAAAGGGCCCAUCUGGAAUGUAAUCAUGUGGACUUCCCUCUUCCUGGGCCAAGGAGUCAUCAUUUGCCUCUACAGCCAGGAGUGGUAUGCCCGCCAGUAUUGCCCUACAGAAAAUCCCACAUUCCUGGACUACUUAAAACCACGCUCGUGGUCGUGUCAUGUGAAGAUGUAGAAGUGGUCUGCUCUGGCAAUGAGAUCACAGAAGAUCGGAGUUGUCCUCCCAAGUGUUUGGACCAAUGACUUAACUUACCAUGAACUUUUUAUAAGGGAACUUGUGCCUCCUGAGAAACUGAGUUUUGGUUUUUUUUCUAAACAUUACUGAGGCAAACCAGUUGACCUGGAUUGCAGCAGGCUUCAUAGGCAGCAUCUUCUACAUGCUGUUCCACUUUGAGCCAUUUUCAUGCCAGUAAAACAUUGAGCUGAAGGUGGAAUCUACUGGAAUCCUACUCCUCCAGGGAUCCCCUGAGGUUGCUGCUCUCCUGGACAAUAGAUAGUCUGGUCAGAUUUGCUAAAAGCUCAUUGUUGGCAUCCGUCCAUCUCCCUUAGCCAUCCCUUUGCAAUGUCUUUUCUCCUUUUUGGUGAUGGAUGUCUACAAAACUUCUAUUUUCUUGUGGUCCUAUCUGCCACUGUGAUGCAGACAAUGUCAGAACAACAGGAUAUUUGCCUCCUUGGUCUGAAAAUAGCCAAAGUAUUUCUUGAUGGCUCUGGACUGCCUGCAAAUUCAAAAUGAACACAGGAAGAGGGGAGUGUCAGUUGUGGCUGCAUGGGAAAGAGGGGUCCAGUAGCAGGGCACAGUGUCUGCAGUCUCUGCCUGACUGUUUUGUGUACUGAAAAUCUGUUUUCUCUGUGCUCAUGAAGUUCCCAUCUGACUUAGUAGCCUUUUUGUUCUCUGAAGGCCUUUGUGAAUUGAGGAAUAGUUUUAUUUCCAACUCUUUCUCUCUUUUGCUCCAGAUAAUCAAUCUUUUGGUACAAAUAACUUCUAGAGGAGUUUUUAAGUCGGCAAGGGCCUGAAGAUGUGCAAGUUGUUAAGGCUUUCUUUAGUGCAAAAGGUGCAGAAUACUGCAACAGAGCAUGUUCUCAUCCUAAGUGAAUGAAUCCAGUUCAGUCCUGGUGCUUCUUGCCCACCUGAGUUGUGGCAGCUUGUAAUGCUGCCGAUGGGAGGUGAGGGGUGACCUGAUAGCUGGAGUCAGAGCUGCUUUUUCAUCUGCCUGUGUCUGGUCUGGUGUUAGUGGGAACUUGGGGUGAAGACCAGUUUCCUAGCUGUUGGCCCUCCUCUUUCUGGAGAGGUAGGACAUCCUCCUGUGCUCUCUGCUAAAGGCAGAAGCUUUAUGUGACUUUGGUGUUUCAGUAUCGGUUUAGUAGAGCCCUGUCAGUUUCCUUGCUCUGUCAGAUGCUAAGCACAAAAGGGAACUUACAGUUUCUGGCUAUAUAUAUCUCCAGUUUCACUGGAACUGCAGCUGCUGUUAUUGGAGAGGGAGGGGAACUUGGUGGAGGUAUCCUGACUCUGACUACAGGACUUUGUGAAUUACUCAAAUGUUCUUCACGGGCACACUUUGGUAACAGCUUUUCCUUUCUGACCUACAGCCAAAUGUUGUAUACGAGCAGUACUGGGACUGUUGAUGGAUUUAUCUCCCAGCCCAUUCUAGACUCUCUUUUGGGCCUCUGUUUUUGCUAACCUACAGUCAAAAGUAAUUUUGUGAAAGCUAGGUGAUACUUGAACUCUUCCAGGUUUUCAGUUCUCUGUAAGAUGGGCUCUUGCUCUGCAGAAAGGAUGUUGUGUCAGGUCAAAUUUGCCAAAUAGGAUGUUUUCCUGUGGGGCUCUCCUCUGAAAACAUCUCCUCCUAGAACCUGUUGGCAACAGCAGUUGGGUUAAUUUCAGAGCAGGGGCUUUGUGUAUGUACUCAAACUUGGCAGUAUUAGUAUAUAAAAUCCCGGGCAUGAAAAGGUUUGCUUUCACCUCAUGCAGUUUGAUCCUGCAUGUUUCAGUGUACCUUCUGUAGGAGGAAGGGACAGAACUGAUGGAGCAACGAAGCUAAGAAAUCAAACACAACACACACCUCUUGGCCAAACAACUCUGUCACCUCUGUAGUGCAGGAUGAAGUUAAGUCCAGUACUACCUAGAUGUGGUGCUCAAAAUGCUCAUGUACGACUGUAACUGCACUCAAACAGGGUGUCAUGGACUGGGACUUGUCACCUUGAUGCCUGUGUCAGCUCUUGUUGCUCUCUUGGUGUUCUCAAAAGGAAAUCAGAUCUUGGCACUCAGUCCUGAGUUUUGGUGUUUUCCUUGCAGCUGGCACUGCCCUGUUCCAAUAAAGACAAGAACAUCCAUCAGCA